AUGUCACGCAAGGGCGUCGGCCUCGCGGCCUUUGACCGGUCCCGCCUCACCUCCGCGCAGUUCGCCUCCCACGGCAGCUCUCUGCGAACCUCGAACGCGCAGGCUCUCGAGACCCAGCUCGAGGUGUUCCGCUCCCUGCUGCAACAGUUUGCACAAACCCACGCCAAGGACAUUCGCUCGAAUCCGUCCUUCCGCGCGCAGUUCGCGCACAUGUGCGCCGCGAUCGGCAUCGAUCCGCUCGCCUGGAGCAGCAGCAACGGCAGCGGCGCGGCCGGAGGCGGUGGUGGCGGCAGUGGCAACAGCGGGCGCUUCUGGACACAGCUGCUCGGCAGGACGGUCAAUGAUUUCUACUUUGAGCUCGCGGUUCGUGUCGUCGAGGUGUGCAGCGCCACGAGGGCCGAGAACGGCGGACUUAUCGGUGUCAAGGAGCUCCGGGACCGGCUCAUGCGUGGCCGAAUGGAGGGCAGCCCUGAGAUCACAGACGACGACGUCCUGCGUGCAGUAGCGACCCUCAAACCCCUGGGCUCGAGCUUUUCGGUCAUAAAAGUCGGCAACAAGUCGUAUAUCCGCUCAGUACCCAAGGAGCUCAACACGGACCAGAGCGCCGUGCUCGAGGCCGCACAGAUCCUCGGUUACGUCAGCGUCUCCAUGCUCAUGGUCAACUUGCGUUGGACGCGCGCCCGCGCUCAGACCGCGGUUGAGGACCUCGUUGGAGAGGGCAUGCUCUGGGUCGACAAGCAGGCUGCCGAGUGGGAGUACUGGAGCCCGAGCUUCAUAUGA